CCGGUUCAAUUCGUUCGACUGAGGCAAGAUGAGCAAGGUGUGAGGGAGCGAGGCUCGCGAGAGCAGACAUGAACAUCACCAUCGUGCUGUAGGACGUGGGGCUCUACUCCGACACAUCUUCUGACGAAGAGUACAAGAAGGCGAAGCAGCGAAAGCGGAAACGUUUGACGUAUGGACAAAGCAGAGCUAACGACGGCGAGGACAACAUGGUUGUUGUGGACACACCUUUGGCCAUCACAUGGAGCUGCGAACGGUGCACCUAUAUUAACCCCGCGGGAAACAAAGCUUGCGAGCUAUGCAGCACGUCUCGAUUUACUCUGAAAGGCAAAACGACUGCGCCACCGACCCCACGACACCUGCGAUGCAAAGAAUUGACAAAGUCCAAAGUCAAGGCUGAAGUCUCAUGUCCGUGGACCUGUCAGUCGUGCACAUUCAUCAACGACACCCCAUCGCUUGCGUGUAGUCUUUGCGAUACAAGGCGCCGCAUGAUUGCAACAGCAUCCAAUAGGAAGCCGCGGGGGCAGGCAUCGCUCAUGGAGUCCAUCGACAGUAGCAGCAGUGAUGACUGCAAUAGCAUCCAAACCUCGGCAAAAUCUCAGCUCUCGCAAUCAUUUGAUCGCUCAAACGCAUCGAAUACAGUUGAUAAUGCGCUAUGGAACGACAAGUACCAGCCAAACGACACAAUUGAAGUCGUUAUGCAUCCGAAGAAAGCCCAAGAAGUCUCGGACUGGCUCGUGCACUCCUCCACACACCAGCGCAUUCUAUUCCUCUGUGGACCGCCUGGUACGGGCAAGUCAACGUUGGUGCGCUCACUGGCGGCGAAACUUGGGAUGACGGUCAAGGAGUGGCACGAUACGACUGGCAUGGUCCCCGGUUACUCCAAAUUGUCUGCUUCAGCGAUGGACGACUUUGGGUCGUUUCUUGAACGAAGCCAACGGUACCCAAGUCUUCGUUUUGCUAACGCCAAGACGAACGCGGCAAAACACGUGAUCCUUGUGGAGGAGUGGCCAUCGUUCCACAGCGAUCACCGCGUCGAGUUGCAGCGCAUUUUGCAACGCCGGCUCGACGUACAAGGAAGCCACGCAUUCGCCGCGCCUAUUGUGAUUGUGUACAGCGACGUCCGCGAAGGCAAAGUCACGGCGAAUAAGCUGGCCAAGGAGUUUUCGCCGCAAGUGAUGCAGUCGCCGUUGGUGCACAUCAUCCACUGCAACCCCAUUCCGCCUGGAAUGCUGAAAAAGUACGUGAUGCACGUGGCACGGAAGGAAAGGAUGGCGUUGUCGACCCAAGACGUGACCAACAUUGUCGAGAGCUCCCGCGGAGACAUUCGCCACGCCAUAAACACGUUGCAGUUUCAGCGCACGUCCACGGCGCACACAAAGGAAAGCGGCACGAGGGACUUGUUUCUGUCCGACUUUCACGUGAUUGGCAAAAUUCUCCAUCAAAAAGACUCCAGCAACGAUUCAACCCGCUUGAGCCACACCAGCCUCGACACAAGCCACGCGUUGGGGAUGCUCCAUCACAAUUUUGUGGCAUUUUUCACCGAUGUCGACGACGUGGCCCGAGCCCUCGACUACUUUAGUUUUACAGACGUGCUGUUGCAAAGCGUGUACCACGACCGAUCGAAUUCCAAUUACUUUCAACACACCCACGAACUCGCCCAAACCGUGCUGGAGCGGACCAUCCAUGUCACGAACAACCACGCCGCGACGUCAGCGUUUCGACCGCUCCAUCGAUCGCAAUUUGCAGCGGCCUCCCAGCGUGUCCGCGACGACGAUCCGUUGAAGCACGACUCGUCGUACCAUCGAGAUGUGAGACCGUACCUGCAGUGGCUCCCACAUUCGAGUCUUGGGCCAACGCAAGCGUUUCUGGCGGACGAUGUGGACGACGACAUUGUCGACAGUGAAUGAUGCUAUCCAAGGAACACGAACAAUCUCUCGAUUCUCGCUCGUUUGACAGGUGGGGCUGCAUUCGGUAGCAUCCCGUAAAGCCCGCACACUGGAUGGAGG